UAAUCGUGGAUAAAAAAUAACAGUUUGUUUUUGACAUUUGAUGGUCUAGAAAAGUUAAGUAAUAUUUUAAAAAUAUCACGAACGAGAUCAUAAUUUCUAUUUAAAAUGGAAAAUGUAAUAUUAGAUAAAUCAAAUAUAUUCAACAAAUUUGCGUCAUUAAUGGAUAAUAAUACUAGAGGAGUUCAGAUUGGAAUUUAUUCAGUCGCAGUUGUUGGAUUAGCUGUGGCAAUAAGAUCAGUACGACCUUUCAGUCGCUUUGUAAAACCAUCAGAUAUUCCAAAAACUUUUCUAAUGUCACGAAUGAAAUUGUCUGGCAAAGUUACACGUAUUGAACCGGGAGGCGGACCAUUGUUAAUGGUUCAACACCGUCCUUUAUUGCCAUUAAUUCCACGCUCCAAUCAAGGAGAUGGUCUUCCAGUUCGUGUUGCUGGUGUAAAUAUCACCGGGAAUGGUGUUAGUUGGUUACAAACAAUUGUUUCAGGAAACGACGUCACAUUUGUUCCAUUACAAAAACAACCACAAUAUGUUGUUUGUGAGGUUACAAUGAAACAUCAAUCAUUUCAGACAACGUCAACCUUAAACAUUGGUGAAGAAUUAGUUGCAUUAGGUUUUGGUACAGUUGCUGUAAUGGAUCCACAUUUAUCGAAUAACGAACGAUACCAAGCAUAUUACAAACGAUUAUUAGCAGCCGAGACACGUGCGGAAAAACAACGAAUGGGUGUAUGGCAUUAUAAUAGUCCAUCACCUCCGUGGCAUUCUAGAUUAAUCGCUCAAUUAUGGAGUAGCACUAAAAAUAAUCUAGUGCCAAGAUUGUCCCGUGCUUAGUACUUAUUUUAAAAACAAAUAUUAUUAUUUUAAUUUUAACAACGUAGAUAAAAAAAUAAAAACAAACAAAAAAACAGAAAAAAACCAUCUUCUAAGCGUUAUUGUUUUGUGUUUAGUAGCGUAUGCAGAAAAAUUUUUUUUGAAGAAAAUCGGUAAUUAUUCUAUAAAUUUUCGGAAGAGGAUCUGUUCGCCUCCUCUCUUCCUCUGCAUAUGUACUAUUUUAUGGAAGAUAUAUUGUAAUUUAAUAACACUUAACAUUGCAUUUUUAUUUUUGAUGUUAUUUUAUUGUUUUUUAAUAUUAAGGGCGGGUUAUACUCACAUGUGCGAUUAUAAAGAUUGCAUUAUUUUGGGUAGAUUGAAUUGAAUCGGGGUACGAGCAGCAAGAUAAUCGUGACAUAAAUCAUAGUUUUAUCUUUCUUGUAAAUAUGCAAAAAAAUUUUGUCAGUUUAAUGGUGUGAAAGUUAUUGUGGAUAAAAUAAACGGCCUUAAACCGUAGGUUUAUAUUCUUUUAUAAUCAACUUACCCAAUGCUGCCAUAUUCCGGUACUUCACCAGAGAAAUAAACUUAUACUGUCCAAAUUAAAGGCUUUAGAUUUGGCCUAAAACGUUUUUUAGGAUUUCAACGUUUCACGUAAAAGGGUUUCUUAAAAUUUUGUCAUGCAGAUUUAAUUUAAUUUACCCAAAUACAUGUACAUUAAUAAGACUGAAAAAAUACAUUAAAAAGGUUUAAAUAUGAAAUCAUAAUGGAUAAAAGAUUUUAAAUAUGAAAUCAUAAUGGAUUCUUUUUUUUGAUGAAACUCAGCAUUCAUUUUGAUUUUUCAUAUUCAUUCUAGGCGCCAUGUUAACAAUUUUAAACGAUUUUACGCUUGGAAGAUUUAGAUAAUUUAAAUAUUAUUAAUAAUAAUACAGUCAGUGUAUUAGAAACUAUUGACUAAUAAAAAAUUAAUUAAUUAAAAUGGAAUAAGUCAAGGAUAAAUUAGGUAAAAGCGAGAAUAAUGUCUAGAAUUGAAGCAUGAAAAGGAGCACUGAAUCACACGAUGAUAUUUGUGUGCUACGUAACACGAGGUUUAUAAAAACAUGAUGGAAAGCAUUCAUAUGAGCAAACCUAAACAAAACUGAUCACCGAUUAAAUUAGUUUUGUGCCUCAAAAUUUCAUUUUUGUUUUCAAUUAAACACGAAAAGAACGCUGUAAUCUUAUUUUUCACAUUCGAAUGUGAAUUUUUUGGGUUUUCACAUCAGUGUUUGUUUAUCAAUCCCCAUAUUUCAAUUGUUUUCGCAGUUAUAGAUCAUUAAUUCAACGUAAACGGAAAUGAGAUAAUUUUUAUCAACCUCAAUUUCUCGCCUCUAAAAGAUUAUUGUUAAAUAUUUGUCAAUUAAUACAAUCAAAUA